AGGAGAGUUUCUAAAUUCUACACUUUUUGUUAAGUGUUUUUGACUAUCUUUGAGUUUCAAUUGAAUAUGUAAAUCAAAAGUGCUUUUUAUUCAAUUAACUUGUUCAUUUGUCAUUCAUUACAGUAUAUUCAAAAGUUCUUAAUAAAUUCUUUGAAAUGUAAAUUAUCAUUUUUUGGAUUCGUUUAUUCAUUUUCUUCAUUAUGAGCUAUCAACAAAGGAACUACACUUUCUCCAAGCUUUUCUGUUUAAGAUAGCAUGUAAAGUUCUGGUCUCGCUGCCCAGGCGGAGUUAUAUCGAUAUUUUCACCUAUGCAACUUUAAUCGCUAUUUUACCUCUAGAGCUCUCUUGAAAACUUAAGAUCAAUAUUAAUUCCUUAGUAUUCCAAAUCUUUCAUGGAAGAAACAUUUGUUCCCUUCCGUGGGAUUAAGAAUGACUUUAAAGCAAGAAUUAUGUGCUACAGACAAGAUUGGACCAGCGGAUUCCGAGCCAGUGCAAGGAUCCUUGCACCAACUUUAUACAUAUUUUUUGCUUCAGCAAUUCCUGUUAUUUCUUUUGGGGAGCAACUGGAGAGAAACACCGAUGGAACUCUCACUGCUGUGCAGACUCUUGCAUCGACAGCACUAUGUGGUAUUGUACACUCAAUUAUUGGAGGCCAACCUCUCCUCAUACUGGGUGUAGCUGAGCCAACGGUUCUAAUGUAUACAUGUACAACUUUGCUAAGGAUCGAAAGGAUUUGGGACACGGACUAUUCCUACCUUGGACUGGAUGGGUGUGUGUUUGGACUGCCCUGUUGCUCUUCUUGCUCGCUGUUCUCGGUGCGUGCUCCAUAAUCAACAGAUUAACACGCCUUACCGGUGAACUAUUUGGUCUGCUAAUUGCAAUGCUCUUUAUGCAGCAGGCUAUUAAUGUUAGUAUGCAUCAACAAUGUAACAUUGGUAAUCUGUAACUUCUGUUAACAGUUACCUAAAAUGUGAAACUAUAAUGUUUAAUAAGAAGGUUAAUAAUCUGCAUUUUAAAGGGACUCGUGGAAGAGUUUAGUGUACCAAAGAGCCAGACAGAAGGUAUCAAUCAGAAUGCACUCCAAUCCUCUUGGCUGUUUGGCAAUGGAAUGUUUGUGUUAGUUUUGUCAUUUGGCCUUCUUUUUACUGGACUAGGAAGCCGUAAGGCUAGAUCUUGGUGUUACGGGACAGGUACUGGCUAUGCUUCUGAAUUAUAACAAAAAAAAAUUGUAGUGAAUUUUGAUUCUCAUUACAGGAUGGACUGCAAGUUUAAGGUGACUUUAGUUAAAUCAAUUUCAUAUUUUCAUGUCCUAA